AUGUAUAUCAAGACCCUAACGAUCCAGGGGUUCAAGUCCUAUCGCGACCAAACACAGAUUGAACCGUUUUCGCCGAAGCAUAAUGUUGUUGUAGGAAGGAAUGGAUCGGGGAAGAGUAACUUCUUUGCUGCCAUUCGGUUCGUCCUUUCGGAUGCGUACACUUCCAUGUCUCGUGAGGAGCGAGUCUCGUUGUUGCAUGAAGGAGUUUCGGAUAGUGCGACUCUCUCUGCUUUUGUGGAGAUUGUGUUCGACAAUUCGGACAAUCGGUUCCCGACUGGCCAUGAUGAAGUCGUCCUACGCCGGACGAUUGGCUUGAAGAAGGACGAGUAUAGCUUGGACAGGAAGAGUACCAGCAAGGCGGAGGUUAUGAACUUGUUGGAGAGCGCUGGGUUCAGUAAAUCCAAUCCGUAUUAUAUUGUGCCUCAAGGACGGAUUACAGCCCUUACGAACGCGAAAGACCAUGAACGCCUGGCGCUAUUGAAAGAGGUGGCGGGAACCAAAAUCAACGAGUUGCUAGAGUAUAUCGAGUCGAGGCUUGAAGAGCUCGAAGAGGAGAAGGAGGAGUUGAAGGAGUUCCAGGAGAAAGACAAGGAACGAAGGUGUUUGGAGUAUGCGUUGUACCAGAGGGAGUUGGAGGAGGUUGGGAACGCGCUGGUUGAGAUUGAGGAGGACAGGCGGGCGGAGGUGCAUGGUGCGAAUGUGCGACGGGAGAUGUUCAAUCAGCGGGAGAAGGAGGUUCGGGAUUUGGGGAGGGGGAUUACGGAGGCUGAGCAUCAACUUGAGACGCUUGCGCAGAGUAAACGUGAUGUGCAGUCUGAGUUGGAGGAUUUUGUGAGGAAGAGGACGGAGGUUGAGUGUGUUAUUGCGGAUUUGCAGGCUGGGGGUGUGAGUUCUGGGAGUCGGAGGGCGGAAUUGGAGGAGCAGAUGAGGGUGUUGGAGGGGAGGAUUGCGGAGAAGGAGAGGGAGUUGGGGGAAUUGGUUCCAAGGUGGGAGGAGGAGAGGGGGAGGGAGGUGGCGGAGAAGAGGGCGUUGGAUGAGUCGACUGCCAAGUUGAAUUCGUUGUUUGCGAAGCAGGGACGGGCGAGCAAGUUUAGGACGAAAGCGGAGAGGGAUGCGUAUUUGAAGCAGGAGAUUCAGAGUGUGAAGGCGUAUCAAGCUUCGCAGGGUGCGGCGUUGGAGAGUUGUAGAGCUGAGCUGGAAGAUUUGGUUAAGGCGCAGGAGGAGAUUGAUGUGAAGAUUAGGGAGGAGCAGACAAAGAUUGAUGAUGGAAGGAGGAGGGUCAAGACGUUGUCGGAUGAGGUUGCUGAGUAUAAGGAGAAGUAUACGGAGUUGAGUGACAAGAGGAAGGAAUUGUGGAGGGAGGAUACGAAGUUGGAUAGUUUGGUUGGUCGGGCGGCGGAGGAGUUGAGGACGGCGGAGAGGAGUUUGGCUGGUAUGAUGGAUAAGGAUACUGGACAAGGUCUACGUGCUGUCGACAGCAUUGCUGAACGGUACAACCUUACUGGUGUAUAUGGUCCUUUGUACCGUCUGUUUGAGGUUACGGAUCCCAAAUUCAACAUUGCUGUCGAGUUGACUGCAGGGAACAGUCUGUUCCAUGUUGUGGUCGACACAGACGAAACCGCUUCCAAGGUCCUCGAGGUCAUGCUCAAGGAGAAGACUGGUCGCGUCACUUUCAUGCCUCUCAACCGCCUCAAGCCCAAGGUUCCCAACAUGCCCGUCAACGCUGCCGACGCUGAACCGCUUCUCAACAAACUGGAGUACGACCCGCUUUACGAGAAGGCGUUCCAGCAGGUGUUUGGAAAGACGUGCGUCUGCCGAGAUUUGACCAUUGCUGCGGCGUAUGUCAAGAGCCAUGGGAUCAACACAAUUACUCUGGACGGUGACAAGGUUGACCGCAAGGGUUCGUUGACGGGUGGUUAUCACGAUGUUCGACGUUCGAGGAUUGAAGCUAUCCGGAACGUUACUUCGUGGCGCGAGAAACAUAGUCAAGAGUUGGAAGCGUCGAAGAAAGUCAAGGAGUCCAUUUCAAGACUCGAGCAGGAGAUCACGCAGUUGAAUGGGAAGAUUGUGUACACGACUGGACAGGUGAACCAAGUGCGGGAAGCGAGGGAGAGGUUUAUGGAUGAGGGUGCGUCGUUGACGAGGAGUAAAGAUCAGAAGAAGGAGAGGUACUUGAAGGUGCAGAGUGAUAUUGAGGAGAUGGAGUCCGAGUUGGGAGGGUUGGAGGAGAGGUUGAGGAGUUUGAAGGAGGAGUUGGGUGCGCCGCUUGUUGAUGGGCUUACUCCUGAGGAGGAAGCGCUUGUGACGAACCUUGGAAAGGAGGUUGAGAGGAGGAGGAAGGAGAUGGUUGAGAUUGGGAGGAGGAGGCAUGAGUUGGAGAUGAGCAAGAAUAAGUUGGAGAUUGAGUUGAAGGAGAGGUUGAGGAGGAGGAAGGAGGAUGUGCAGGCGAGACUUGAUGCGCUUGGGGAAGAGGAUGAUGAGAAUUUGGGAGAUGAUCUUGAGAAGAAUAGGAGGGAUUUGCAGAAGGUUAAUGCAUCUAUUCAGACGUUGACGAAGAAGGUGCAGAGUAUUGACAAGGAGAGUGAGGGUCUUACGACGAAGAUUCAGGAGCUUAGGACGAAUCUUGAGAGGGUGCAGACACAGCAGGCUGAGGAUAGUCGGUCGAUGUCGAAGCAGCAAAAGACGACGGAGAGGUAUCUCGCCAAACGCCAAAUGUUGUCUACGAGGAAGGAUGAGUGUAACAGGAAUAUUCGAGAUCUUGGUGUCUUGCCCGAGGAGGCAUUUACCAAGUACUCGAAUGAGCGUGUAGAACGGCUGGUCAAGAAACUGCAUACCGUCAACGAAGGCCUCAAAAAGUUCGCUCACGUCAAUAAGAAAGCCUUUGAGCAGUACAGCAAUUUCACUAAGCAGCGGGACCAGCUGCUUAAACGACGAGAAGAGCUCGAUACCUCGGCGGAAUCGAUUGAAGAGCUUGUACAAGUGCUUGAUCAGCGCAAAGACGAGGCUAUUGAGAGGACGUUCAAGCAGGUUGCGAAGAAUUUCGAGGAGGUGUUCGAGAAGCUUGUUCCGGCUGGACGGGGGAGGUUGAUUAUUCAACGGAGGGUUGAUCAGGAUGUUGAUAUGGAUGAAGAUGAGGAGGAUGAGACGCAGCAGAGUGCCAUUGAUAACUAUACCGGUAUUUCGAUCAAGGUCUCGUUCAAUUCGAAGGUGGAUGAGGGGUUGAGGAUUCAGCAACUUUCGGGUGGACAGAAGUCUUUGGUUGCUUUGGCGACUGUCUUUGCGAUCCAAAAGUGCGAUCCUGCACCUUUCUAUUUGUUCGACGAGAUCGACGCCAAUCUUGAUGCUCAAUACCGAACUGCUGUUGCUUCCAUGAUCCAAUCGCUCUCAUCGACAGCGCAGUUUAUUACGACCACUUUCCGACCUGAGAUGUUGGUUACCGCUGACAAGUUCUACGGUGUGCUCUUCAACAACCAGAAGGUGUCCUCUAUUCGCUCUAUUAAGCGAGAGGAGGCGCAGGAGUUCGUCGACCAGGAGGCGCAAGCACAGUAG